AUGGCCACCACUUUGGAACCGUCUACCUCACCUACUGAUUCUCGUUCCACCUCCGAUGAGAGAAAGCAGAGUCCUCCGGCUUUCUUGGAUCUUGCCGACUCCGCCGCGAGACUGGGAACUAAUAUGCCUGAUAUUUCCGCUCGGGUUGAACUGAAGCGCAUGGAGCACGAGCGGAUGCGUGCCCUCCACCGGAAGAUUUUCGAGGAUCAAAUGCGCGCUCUGGAACAGCAGCAGCAGCAGGAACUCUUGACACUUCCGUUGGACACUUCGGGCAAUAGCUCCCUUCAGCACAUGGCCAUGUCUGCGCCAACGACGCCACCCCGUGUUAACGCCGUGCUGAAUGAGGACAUCUCUCCGAGUUUACGUACCAGCUUCGCGCAAGUCGGUGUGGACGUUGAUGUCCUUUCCAGAGCGGUUGGUUCCGCAGUCGACAAACGGAAAUCUGUAACUUACGCUCCGGUCACCCGUUCGCCUGAGAUUCCGCCUGGUGCUGCGGCUGUCAAUGGCAAUCUGAGCCAGGGUUACGGUCGGGCUGGUGCCAAAAGUAUGCCUGCUAGCAGGCGUACGUCGGCUAGUAGUCAUGACGAAGACUUGGCUAGUCAUCUGCAUGAGCUGUCGUUGGCGGGUGAGAGGCAUUCGCCUCUUCCUCCGCAGGACUCGAUGAUGAUUCAGCGUGGGAAUGGCAGGCGGGAUGUUGAGGGUAUGCGGUACGGUAAUGCGUACAACGCUGGAAUGUUGCUGGAUGAGCAGCUUGACGAGGAAAUGCACAAUGCUAUGCGUAAUUUGCCGACGUCUGAUGACGACAAGUAUCAGGGGUCCCGUUUCAACAAGUUGUCGACCUCGUCAGCAGCUUUGGACUUAGCACCGUUGUCUCAGACUCCGCCGCGUAAUACCUUUGGUCGUACCAUUGACUCUCGUGAUAAGGCAUCCGAAUGGCCUCAGUUCACUGGUUCUCGCCCAGAUUCUAUGGGCGGACGCACCGAUAGAAGGACCGUUACCAAUCCGGCUCUUAACAUUACUGCGUCUCUUAAUGAUCUAUCGAUCAACGGGAAACUUGUAGGAAGCGUCUCGGCCUCUGCUACGCCACAUCUGGGUCAGCAGCAGCAGGGUCUGUCUCCACACGCUCAUGCCCCUGGUUCUCGCCGGGGCUCUCCUCCUGGGUUGUCUGAUGGUCUCUCGAUCACUACUCGCUCCGUCCCUGCUACGCCUCUGUCUGGAAUUCCGAACUCUGCUGCGCAUCUCAUUAAAGCUCCGGGCACACCAUUGUCACCCGAUACUCAGAAUCUGAGUGGCCGCUUAACAUCCCAGGGGGUUCAUUCCCUGAACAAUAGCCCUCUGGGUAGCGAUCUCCAGUCUUCUCUGUCGAGGCUUCAGUCUGGGCAGUAUGAUAAUGGGAUGGGUUACAAUUCCAUUCCGUCUGGCUUCGACGACCAAUCAUACGUGACGGAUUCGGUGUAUGGCCUCGACAAUUCUAUGGACAAUGGACGAUACAACUCGUAUGGUCAUGAUGCAAACCGCAUGAAUGGCGGUAGUCCUGUCGCGCUCAACGGCAGUACUGGCUCGACGGCGUUAUACCAUCACCAUGGAUCACGUUAUGGCUUGGGUAUGAAUGGCCGUGCUAAUGGUGCUGACAGCAAGAUGAAUGGGUUGCAUGGUCCCAAACACAAGCGGGGCGACGUCGACCUCAACCGUUUCACUGGCACUCGUUUGGAGGAUCUGGUAGCGGAUAUUCCGAACCUGUGUAAAGAUCAACACGGUUGCCGGUACCUGCAGAAGAAACUGGAGGAAAGCGUUCCUGAGCACAGGGAUAUCAUCUUUCGUGAGACUUUCGGUCAUUUUGCCGACCUUAUGACUGAUCCCUUCGGCAAUUAUUUGUGCCAGAAGCUGCUGGAAUAUUCUACGGAUGAACAGCGCAACAUCAUAUGCGAAUCGGUCGCUCAGGACCUGGUCAACAUAUCCUUGAACAUGCAUGGUACGCGUGCAGUACAGAAAAUGAUUGACUUUCUGUCGACUAGGAGACAGACUGAUCAUAGAUACAAUGGCCAGAUUCAUUCAAUUAUUGUUGCACUCAGCCUGCACGUCGUUGUACUCAUCAAGGACCUGAACGGCAAUCACGUCAUUCAGAAGUGUUUGAACAAGUUGGCCCCCGAGGACAAUCAGUUCAUCUAUAACGCAGUUGCCGCUAACUGUGUCGAGGUCGCCACUCACCGUCAUGGCUGUUGCGUUCUUCAGCGAUGCAUUGACCACGCUUCGGACAGCCAGCGAAUCCAGCUUGUAAAUGAGAUCACUUACAACGCUCUGACCCUAGUGCAAGAUCCCUACGGCAACUAUGUUGUACAAUACAUUCUGGAUCUCAACGAUAAUCGGUUCAGCGAUGCUGUCAUCCGUCAGUUCACGGGGAACGUGUGUGCUUUAUCCGUUCAGAAGUUUAGUUCCAACGUCAUCGAGAAGUGCGUCCGAGUUGCGGAACACGGCACGCGCAAGAUGCUUAUUGACGAGCUUCUGAACCGCACGAGGCUCGAGAAGUUGCUCCGCGAUUCGUAUGGCAAUUACUGUGUUCAGACCGCUUUGGACUAUGCGGAGCCUGGUCAGCGUGCGCUUCUCGUGGAGGGCAUUCGGCCGGUCUUGCCGUUAAUCCGCAACACCCCAUAUGGCAAACGCAUUCAAAACAAGUUACAACGGGAACAAAUGGAUCAUUAUGGCGGCUAUCAUAACCAGCAGGCGCUGGUCAACAUGGCCAUGGGUAAUCAAGCAAUGGGACUGGCGCCUCAUGGUACCAGCCGCCACAUACAAGCUAACCCCUUAGGUGAUGUGUACAACAACCAGAACGGUCUGUACUCCAUGCCUGGUAGCGGUCUUCAGGGUCAAGGUCAAGCUCUUGGACAAUCUGGUCUUCAUGCGCCUCUCCAUGGUAUGCAGCCUCAGUCGAUCGAUGGUUAUAUCCUCCAAGGGAGCUCUAGCCAUAACCAAGGCUUGGCAUCCCAUGGCGGUUUCGCCGCUGCUUUCGGUGGCGUCAACUCAUACCCUGGAGUUGGAGUCGCCGGAGGUCUCACCGAUCCGUACCAGCGCAACUCCUUUGGAUACGGAAUGUAAUUUACAUCUUCGACAUGUCGCAGCAAACAUCGAAUCGUCUUGGCAAUGCUCUCGCAACUAUGCCUAUCACUGUCAUUUCCCUUUGUCAUUCCCGCAUUAUACCAUCGCCCUAUCUUACUCCCGUCACUUGGUCGACUCGUCUUAUCCAUUGUUCAUUAUGCUAUCCCGCGGCACACCUAGCGAUCGGGAAUAACUCGUAUGGCAUACCACCAUGGCGCAUUGUAUUCAAACCCGCAUUUUAUCGUCGCUUCAUUUUCUGUGCUUUUUGUUGAACUUCUGUGAACAGUUUCUUGGUUGCCACAUUUGUACAGCGUGUUCCCUCAUCCAUCGACCUCAUACUCCAUCUGUUUAAUACUAUCUCGUCGCACCACUACUUGUCAGUCAUUCUGUAGUUAUCCCAUCAAAUCUGAAAUCGUUGCUUAGAGCAUGUUUGGCUUCUUAUUUUUGUUCGAUAUUUGGAAUGUCGACUGUACACGAUCGUAUUAUGUUGGGGGGUUGAUCGUAUUUGCUUGUAUGUAUCCUUCCGACAAAAACUGUGCACCUUUUGAAUCCAGUUUGAAUGUAUUCACUUGUGUAUAUCGAGAAUGAAUUCUUUACUAUGGACC